AUGCCCAAUAAUUUGGACAGCGCUGCUACAUCGGUAAUAUCGUCUCAUCCAACAUUGUCCACCCCAGCUGGGUCCAGUGUAUGGCCCAUUCUGCACAAACUGCCCAAGGUCAAGGCCCCGAUCUCGGUCUCUAUUCGGAUAACCAAAAAGUUUCCAAGACACCAUCGGCCUUUGGAUCUUGAAUCGCCGCUCAGAGAGUAUACCAGUGGUGAGUACAUAUUCGGGUCUGUGGUUGUGAGAAAUGACUCCGAUCAACCGAUCAAGUUUGACUCGUUUUAUGUCACGUUCGAGGGUAACAGUAUCGUUGGUAGGAGGCAGCUGACGUUUCUCAGAAUCUUUGAUGCUCGGGCAUCAUGGCACGAGGAGGGUGCAUUGGAUGAUGGUGCAGAAGUUUGUUGUCAGACAAAGGAUAAACUAGAUCAAACGCAGUAUGGAUUUACAGAUGACAGAAUCCUGCAACCUUUCGAGGGCCAUAAGAAGUUCUUUGCUUUCCGUUUCCCCAAAUUUCUGCUUGUUGAAGGAGGAAAUUCAGAUGACGUCGAUGAGCAUAUGUUUCCUCCGCCCACCAUUGGUUUUCCCUCCUAUGAGGAGGUUGAAAUCAACCGAGCCCUCGGUUACGGUAGGCUUCCCAAGAUUGGAUCCCCAUUCAAGUUUACAGAUUUUGCGCCAGAUGGUGCUUCUAUUUCCUACACCAUUAAUGCUCGUAUGUUUGGACGCACGGCCAACAAUGGAAAUUCUGGCUUCAAUAUUCUGGGCGAAAACUCUUUUCAUCUAAAGUUUGUGCCUACUGCGCCGAUGGUCGAGAUCGGGGACUCACUCGGUACCAGGAAAGUGUUGGACCAUGAGCGACUCUGGCACGUAGAUUCAUGGCACCAGUACAAACGGGUGGAAUCUGAAAUCAAGAAAGAAGUAAUGGAGGUCCAGGAAAAAUAUGAGUUGUGGAAAUUGGGAGUAGAUGAUGACGACAAGCAAGAGGUUGGUACCAUGAAUCAGUCUCGCAUUGACGACAAAAAACAACUACAGCUAUAUGUUCCCAAGGAUGAGUCUGUCAGCUGUUCCUCUUCAACUGAAGCAUCGUCAACUGAUUUUUCAAGGAUAUAUGCUGCUUUGGUUCCUUCGAAGUUCAAAGCAAAGCUCUUGGGUGGGUCAGCUUCUAAUAAGUCAAGCAAGGCAGUGAUAACGGUAGCUCCCAGCAUUCCUAGCUCAGAGUACAAUCCUCCAGAUCAUCUUUUCUUCAAGUACCGUGCCCCCAAGAACUUCGUGAUUGAGUUAUUGAACUUCCAAGGCUCAGAUGGAAUGCCGAGUCUUGGGAAUAUCCCUUUCGAUUUUGAAUUCACACAGCUUGGCGAUGGUGUCAAACCUCCUAAGAUUGAGAAGCUGACAGUCAACCUUAAGAUUUUGAAUUCCAUGGUCGAGUAUCCAGCUCCUAUGGAAUUUGACGCUCGGUUUGCUAACAUGCCUAAAGAGAAUCUGUCAGAGAUCAAUCGGAAAUAUCGUGACAUCCGCAAUCAUCUUUGCAAAAUAGAGUCCGAUAUCGCUGGCGAAUGCCCUGAACUGCAGAAAAAACUCAGACCGUCAUCCAGGCUGAAGGGCAAAUGUGAAUCCUUGUCUUCACUGAAGUUCUCAUCCAGAUCUUUCCAACUAUACUCUACAAAGAAUAUAGAGAUCAAUUGGAAAAACCUGCACGACAAUGGCCGCUAUGGUGCUGUUCUUGAAAUCCCUCCGAUCUUGCAACCUUUAAGGGACCUUCACCAGAAGAUAGCUGGUCUUAACUUGGUUCCUGCUUUUCAAAGCUUUUUCCUGUCAAGAUCGUACGCGAUAGAAGUAAAAUUCAAGUUCAGUGGGUAUGGAAAUGAGGAGUCAUUGAUGAUUCCGGCUGACUUCUUGCGUUGA